CAAAGAGGACUGCCCGCUAGAUCCCAAAUUCCCAAUAGUCUCCGAGUAAGUAGGAGAAUCCAUGGCGGAAUUGGCGAGGACGGAUGAAAUCGAGAUGGAGGUGAAGAAAACCGAUGAGAUGGCGGAGCUCGAGGUUGAAGAGAAUCCGUGGGGCGAACCAAUAGAAGACUUAGAAGGAGAGGAAGAUCGGAAUAAAGCUGUCAUGAAGCUUCUGGAUUCCAUGGAUGGCUACUUAACCCAAUUCAAUUCUCUGUCUUCUACGCUGCGUCAGGGAUGGCUGGACUUGGCGAGCGCCAGGCAUUCCAUGGGCACUUCACGCAUCAAUUACACCUUGUUAGACCUUAAAGAACACCCAGCUUCUACUUCAUUGCGGAUCAUCUCAGAUGAUGAUGAUGAUGAUGAUGAUGAUGAUGAUGAUGUAGAUGAUUCGACAAGGAAGCAGAAACCACGAUUUCAGUUGCGGAAAUGGGGAUCCUUGGACAACCAGACUUUCUCUGCUGAGAAGCAAAGGUCAAAGGAGGAGCAUGAGGAAUCAUCAGGCAGCUUAAAGCAAAGACAUCGUGGCGAUUCCCAGCUUCCUGAAUGUGCUUGUAAGCCUGACGACGGAGCUCAGGUCCAGAUUGAUGACAAGGUAAAGAACGAGCGGUCGAAAUCCCUUGCCAUGUUUGGAACACUGGUUUCUCCAAAGCUUCGAGCUUCCCAACUGUCAUUUGAGAAAGCAAUUGAGGCGAUUGUAGAGAUAGCUAAUCUUCGUUCGGAGAUCCUUGCUGCAUCGGCUCAAGUGCAGAGGAUAUUGGAGGUUUCCAAGAAGGUCACAUAGAGGAUGAUAAUCAGGUAUUAAUCCAAUUGUUAUCAAGCAUUCUGAUCUGUUAUUCUUGCAACGAUCAUGAACUCAUGGUGCGAUGUAUUGAAGUUCAACCUAAAAAAUCAGUUUCGUAUGAUUCUUGUAUCAUCUUCUACAUCCUGUGUCUUACACAGAAUCCCUGAAUAUAUUUUCUUUCGUAUUGGUUUCCACUUUGCAGGAAAUUUUGUCCUUGAACUCCAAGAGAGACUACAAGAAAGGAGUAAAGAAGGCCUGCUUGAGAGUGAGACUCGAGCCUUGAAUGAGAUAGAAGAACCCCGAGAUUGAAUCAUUUUUCAUUGUGCUAGGCUUCUAUGAAAGUGAUCCUGUUGAGUAAAACAUUGUCAAUCUACAAUGUCUUAUGUUUUUCAACGAUCAACCGAGACAUUACCUUAUUUCGACACUCCCCCUUAAAGUGUAAUUUGCCAAAACUCCGAGUAGCGUCUUCAAUUUGACGAAUACGCUUGCUUCAGCGACUUCGUGAAAAUAUUAGCAAUCUGGUCUACUUCAUAUAUGAAAUGAAAUGCCUUGUUUACAAACGUAAGGUUGUUGGAAUUCAGAGGUCACAGGACUUGGACUAAACAAAACUAAACAUCUCUUUCGAAAAACUUGUGUACUUCGGAUUUCCAGCCGAAAUUGACCCACGAGAAAGCCGAAGAGAGAAGCACAAGAAUACAUGAUAAUUCAAUCUAAAGAACAAAAACCCUUAAGAAGUACAACAGGCUUACAGUACUGUCAACCAAACUCUACACAAGAACAAUUCUCAGCACACACUAUACAUGAUUCCAAAAUCAAGACAUCUAUUUCCGCCGACAGCAGUGAAUAAUCCCCUCGAUUGUAUAUUUGUAUUUAUAUCCUGCAGUGAUCAGCAGCAUCUGUAGUGGUAAAAAUGGACACUUUUUCAGUCCAUCAAAGAAAAAAGUUAUGGGAUU